AAUAUGGCAGCCGGAAGCUUGAACAUGUGUGUUUUUCACAUUGAGCACAAAGCAAAUGACAAGAUGUGGCUGAUUUAAGUCGGUUCUAACAAAAUGUGGGAUGUUAUGUCAACGCCAGAUAUUCCACAUUUCCUUAAGAUGAAAAGAAUCAAACAUGAGCAGAUACAGUCUACUGUCUCUCAUUAUUUAAAGAGGAGGCACUUCAUGGAUGCAGAGGUUAGUGGGAAACGGGAGUGUGGAGCUACACAAGAGCUUAGUGAGGUGGCCCUCCAUGGGAGCGUCAACUGCAACGGCAACACCGAGAAUGUCCUCGCCUACAGCAGCAUUUCUGGAGAUGCAACAGCUUGUGAUCAGCAGUUCACAAGGUUGAAGCAUUUUGUACUGGAUGCUGUAGAACCAUACCAAGGAGAACUUCGAGGUCUUCUCUUCCCAAUGUUUGUCCAUGUCUACCUGGAACUUCUCUGCAAUGGACAUAAGACUCCAGCCCAUAAGUUUCAUGAUCGACAUGUUUCACUGCUGAGAGAGGAUGACAGUCACAAGGCACUGAUCAAAGCGCUGCGGAAGAUGGACACUAAACUAGAUGUGGCCAACUCACAAGAGGUCGGGAAUUUCAGAGAUAACAAGUUCAGCAUCUCCUUGACUGAAGCCUGUCUGAAUUACUUAAUGAGGCACCUCAAGAUGGAGGACAACAUGAUAAUGCUACAGAUCUUCAACCAAUUCUUCCAUGUGGAAGUGAAACAUAAAGAGUUAAGCAACAUGGAACUGACUGACACUCACAAAGUGGCGGACGACCAUACCAACAAGCAGUCCACCACGACCACAGCAUCCAGUGAUAUCAGUAUGUCCACCCUCACACAGUCCAUCCAGAAGGUUCGAGAUGGACCACCGUGUAUGUCCUCCAUAUGCGUCUACACAUUCCUCAAUGCUUACCAAGGUUUGUGCAGUACAUGUGUGUCCCCUGAUGGCGAGAGUCUGGCGGCUGGGUUCGAGGACUCCACUGUGUCUCUGUGGAGCUUGUCACCCGGACACAUCCACUCCGAGGCCAGCGAUGGUGACCCCAGCAAGAUAGCAGUUGCAGCUGACCUCUUGAAUGUCGAAGAGGACAAAGCAGCUCUCAGGGCUAGCUGUGACCUUGAGACACUUACACUGAUGGGGUCUGCUUUGAUCUACCUAUCUCCUAUACUCCUGUCCUGCUACAUAGAAGACACCACAGUACGUCUGUGGGAUUUGAGGACACACACAAACAGGGUGUGCUACCAGGGACACAACUACCCAGUGUGGGACAUUGAUGCCAGUGCUACUGCAGGCUAUUUUGCCAGCAGCUCUCAGGACCGUACAGCCAAGUUGUGGUGCACAGAGAGGACAUAUCCCCUCCGAUCGUUUAUUGGCCACACGUUCGACAUAGAUUGUGUCAAGUUCCACCCAAAUGGCAACUACCUGGCAACUGGAUCUGGCGACAAGACUGUCCGACUGUGGAGCAUACAAAGUGGCCGGACUGUCCGCCUGUUUCAAGGUCAUAGGGGAUCCGUUAUGUGCCUUGCCUUCUCCCCUGAUGGCAGGCUACUGGCAUCAGCAGGUGAAGAUCGUCGGAUCCGUGUGUGGGACCUGAGCACUGGUCAUUUGUACAAGGAGCUGCGCGGACACUCCGACACUGUCUACUCCCUCUGCUUCAGCCGCAACAGCUCACUGUUGGCCUCUGGGGGGCUCGACUCCUGUAUCUGGGUGUGGGAUGUCGGGAAGACCACAGACAAGGACAAUACCGAGUCUACCACCUCUCCUGAACUUCUCAGUGCCUUCCCCACCAAGUCGGUGUCUGUCAUAUACCUCCACUUCUCUAAACACAACGUGCUUCAGGCUGCUGGAACCAACUUAUGACCCCCACCCAGGAGUACAGUGGAACCAAUUUGUCACUCGCUAUGAAGUACAAUGGAACCAAUUUGUCACUCGCUAUAAAGUACAGUGGAACCAAUUUGUCACUCGCUAUAAAGUACAGUGGAACCUAUUUGUCACUCGCUUUAAAGUACAGUGGAAUCUUCACAACAGAGAUGUCUGCUGUGAUCUUGGAAUAGCUGUCUCAAUGGCACUUUGGGACAAACAUGAAAUCAGAAACUACUAGGAUUAUGAGCCAAAGAUGGACUAUGUCCACAAAACUGUGGGUCAGUGACUUUUUCUGUCUACAGGAUUUUUGGAUAAUCAUGCUAACAGUUAUAAAGGACCUGGGGACAACCAUGUUAUUAAUCUAUAGCGUUAUAGCCACAUUAGUUGGGUA